AUGAAUAUCACAGAAGUCAGUGACGAAGCAUCUCUGGUUGCCAAAAGGAAGUCUGAUCUUGUAUGUGAAGACAAAGAUGAUACACAAGAAAAGACAGAUGAUUCAAUUAAGAAGCAAAAGCUUGACUUUUCCUCUGUUGACAACACUAACCCCUUGAUUUCUGAGGCUGACGAAAAUAAAGAUGUGAAUGGAACAGAAAGUAAGAAGGCUAUGGGUGAGAGGAACAAAAUUUUGGAAGAGGAUGAGGAUGGCAAAGCUGAAGAGGCUCAAGGAGGAGAUGAAGACAACGAGGAUGAGGAUGAGGAUGAAGACGAAUAUGAAUUUGAUGACAGUGAUGAAAGUGACGACGACGACGACGAUGACGAUGAUGAUCAUUCAAAUGGUAAUGCUGAAACAGUUGAUCGAAAGGGAAAGGGAAUCAUGAUUGAUGACAAGGGUAAAGGAAAAAUGAUUGAGGAAUCAGAUGAGGAUUCAAUCAAGGGUGGAAUUGAGUCUGAUGACGAUGAUGGUGAUCUCUCAGAUGAUCCGCUUGCUGAGGUUGAUUUGGAUAAUAUACUUCCAACAAGGACACGAAGUCGAGGGCGUGCAGUUCACCAUGGAGUUCAUAUAUCAGAUAAGUAA